CAACAGAGAAGAGCCAACCAUUGAAGAUAAGCGAAGCCGCUAUGCGAAAACCAAAUCAGACACGUGUCAAUCUGAUAUUUCAUUCUUGAUUUUUCCUCAAAAAUAACAGUCUUUUGGUUCUUCUUGUCUUGAAAGUCUCAAAAGUUAGAGGGUAGUUGAAAUUUUGAGCUCCUGUGCUUUCAAAUUGACAAAGCACCAACUUUUUCUCCUCCUUAAUUCCCCAAACAAGAGAAAGUUUGCUGCAAGAGAAAAAAAAGAAAAUUUUCAAUGGCAACAACAGCUUCUUGUGUAGGUUCAUCAACUCUGUUACAAUCCCAAAUUAAUGGAUUUGGCGGGAGUCUUAAGCUUCAAAAGCCCAAUUCACUCACUUUCACCAGGAGGAGAGUUCAAACUGUGGUGAAGGCUUCUUCUCGGGUGGAUAAGUUUUCGAAAAGCGAUAUUAUUGUUUCUCCAUCCAUCCUUUCUGCUAACUUUUCUAAAUUAGGAGAGCAGGUGAAAGCAGUUGAGCAGGCAGGCUGCGACUGGAUUCAUGUAGAUGUGAUGGAUGGCCGAUUUGUUCCAAAUAUAACUAUUGGACCUCUUGUAGUUGAUUCCUUGCGCCCUAUCACUGAUCUUCCAUUGGAUGUGCAUCUGAUGAUCGUCGAACCUGACCAGAGAGUACCUGAUUUCAUAAAAGCAGGUGCUGAUAUCGUCAGUGUUCACUGUGAGCAAUCUUCUACCAUCCACUUGCAUCGUACAAUAAAUCAGAUUAAAAGUUUGGGAGCUAAAGCUGGGGUUGUCCUCAAUCCUGGAACCCCUUUAACCGCAAUUGAAUAUGUUCUUGAUGCUGUUGAUCUGGUGCUGAUAAUGUCUGUAAACCCUGGAUUUGGGGGACAGAGCUUCAUUGAAAGUCAGGUCAAGAAAAUCUCAGACUUGAGAAGAAUCUGCGCAGAGAGGGGACUAAACCCUUGGAUUGAAGUUGACGGUGGUGUUGGUCCCAAAAAUGCUUACAAGGUCAUUGAAGCUGGAGCCAAUGCUUUGGUAGCUGGUUCUGCCGUCUUUGGAGCUCCUGAUUAUGCUGAAGCUAUUAAAGGAAUCAAGACAAGCAAAAGGCCUGAAGCAGUUGCUGUAUGAAGUUCCUGCCUACUUGGUUCAAGUCGUCAUAACUGUUAAUAUGGAGUUGUUCUGUAUGACGGCGCGAAUCCCAGCAGCAAAGCAAGAAUAGUUGCGAGGCUGCAGCAUGGUUCACUCUAUAUUCAGACAUAAUAGGGAAAAUAAAAUAGCCCAUCUCAGAGGUUUCGUGUAAUACAGUAUAUUGUGCAACUUAUCUUGCAUAGGGAACAAGAUAAUUCUACAUUGAAUAUCCAAUUUUCAAUUAUUUCCAAAUCAUUGGAUA